UUUCCCAAAUCUCGCGAGUGUUCGCUUCAUUCUGUGGGGAGCGGACACCGCAAGGGUCCUGUCGUGCCCACCCGGUGUCAUCACCGGGCUGACGGACAAACAGGGAGGGGGACACCGAGCAGGCGACAAAGGACUGGCCGACCGGCACCAUGGAGCCCUUCUGCCGGCAGAUGUUUUUAUGAGUAGAACAACAAAGGGGGCAAAUCCUCCAGCAGGCUUUGGACUGACGCUACUUCCACCCCCACAUCCCCCGUUUGUUCACAUCACUGUGACAGCUGAGCGCCCCGGGCGGAGCCUGAGGUUCCCACGGCCCCUGGUUGCAGCCAGCUAGCAGGAAGUGUGUCCUUUCGUGAUAGAUGGCCACCAUGGAGUUAAGAUAACCUCUUCCUCUUUUCUUCACCAAUCACGGCUCUGGAUCUGAUAUAACCAUGGGUAUAUGGCGUGGUCUACGAGUGGCGUUCAUCCUGGGGUCUUUGUUUAUGAUCCUGCUGAUUAUCGUCUACUGGGACGACGUUGGGGGCUUCAACCUUUAUCCGCUACAGGACGCCAAACAGCUGCCGCUUCAAUCUGAUUCUUGCACUCGGACGACAACAAGCCCUGCGUUUUCUCCCUCCAUCAGCAGACCCCAGACCAGUUUGUCCUUCAUGAUCCCCACUGCCGGUUCCAGUUCAAAAUUCAUUCCUGAGAGGACGAGAGGGGCAGCUGAAAAACAAAAACAGGAGGAGGAAGAGGACAGACAAAAGCGGAGGAAGGAGGAAACAGGGAGGGAUGAAAAGAAGGAGAGGAGCCAUGCUUCUGCCGACGAUAGGGAACAAGAGAAAAGGAAGCAGAAGAUCAUGGAUGUUUGCUCAGGAAAGAACGCUGUGGAAUUCCCUGGAAGGACCCGGGCAUUUGAGCAGAUCCCCAACAGGGAGCUGGAUCACCUGAUAGUGGAUGAUACACACCAGAUCAUCUACUGCUAUGUUCCCAAGGUUGCUUGCACCAACUGGAAGAGAGUGAUGGUGGUUUUGUCUCAGUCUCUGAUAUCGCCUUCCUCAGGAAAACCGUACACUGACCCAGAGGCUGUACCUCCAGACCUUGUACACAACUCCUCUCUUCACCUCACUUUUGCCAAGUUUUGGCGCCAUUAUGGUUCUCUGUCCCGCCACCUGAUGGCACUCAAGCUCCAGCACUACACCAAGUUUCUGUUUGUUCGAGACCCUUUUGUGCGUCUCAUCUCUGCCUUCAGGAACAAGUUUGGAAGGCCCAAUGAGGACUUCUACAGGCAGUUUGGUUCGGUCAUGCUGAGUCGUUAUGGUAAUGUGUCUGGGAGUUUGCCAGAGACGGCAACUGAGGCGUUUGCAGCAGGAAUCAAACCAACAUUUCAGCAAUUCAUCACAUACCUGCUGGAUCCAGAGACUGAGAGGGAGAGUAUCUUCAACGAACACUGGCGACAGGUGUACCGACUGUGCCAUCCAUGCCAGGUCAAGUAUGACUUCAUUGGACGACUAGAAACCCUGGAAACUGACGCGGAUCAUCUGCUGAAACUUCUGGACGUGGAUCAUCUGCUCCACUUCCCUUCAGGGGCCCGAAACCGAACUGCAGCCAGCUGGGAAAGAGACUGGUUUUCUCAGAUUCCCAUAACAGUGAGGAGAGAACUGUACAAACUAUAUGAACCAGACUUUGAGCUGUUUGGCUAUCCCAAACCUGACAGUGUACUCCAUCAGUAAUCCACACAGAGCCAAAGGCCUGGGCCCUGCACUGUGUGUAGAGCCCUCACCUCACCUACCUGCCUUUAAAGACAAGGUUAUGAUGUUGUUUGUUUCAUUUGUUUUGUGCAUACCUCAAAUGACAGAAGUGCCUGCCAGUUUUAUUUUAUUUUUGUCAUUUUAUUUUAAGCACAUCCGCUUACAAGCUACGUUAUCCCAGUCUGGUUCCCCAUGUAAAGGCACUUUGAAUAGUAUUUUGUGAAUAGUAUUUUGGUAAAUCAUGGGGAAAGGACUGGGGCUAAUUGUUAGCUGAUGUUUCUGAAGGGAAAUACAAUGCAGAAAAAUAAAGUGUUUUUGUAAAUAUUUGA